AGUGUCACCGGCAAUGAGCUGGUGGCUGCUUAUGGUGUAACUGUAACGUGUACUGUACAUCUACAUCAACGUCCCCAGACCAGACAUCACUCUACUUAGCGCUAGAACAUCUAGUGCUGCUACAAACAGCUAGUACAGUACUGCCACAAGCCACUAGUGUUGCUGCAUAAACCUUGUACAUAUUGUACGCAGCCUUACUCUGGAGCCGUCAAGAGGGAAGAACGUAAAUAAAAAUUGAUAAGAAGAUAGACGUCAUCAGUGGGCAUACUCGUAAGGAGGAUGGGCGGUGAGGUCAGUGUGCUGCCAGAAGUAAUCCACGAUGAUGCAGACUCUCGAGAAAUACACACUUGUAGAGUGUGUGCAAACACUUACAACCACGGCGACAAUGCUCCGGUGAGUCUCCCCUGUGGCCACACGUUCUGCAAGUCAUGUGUUAUGAGGAUAAUGACCCAGAAUGGGGUGUGCUGCCUCUUAGCCACCUGCAGGAAGCAACACAAGGUCACCUCCAUCGAUAGCUUUCCAGUCAUAUAUGCCCUCAUACCACAGUCGACCUCCUCCUCCAACACUGCCUCUGAAAACAACUCUACAUCAAGGUUAUUUCGGAUAAAGUUGAUGGACAUCGAGGGUAACAUGACCUCGGUCAUGGUCUCGCCAGAAACCACGGUGAGGGAAAUUAAGGCCAGCCUCGAGAUACAGUUCGGGGAAAUCCCUGCUGAGACAAGAGUCAUCUACAAGGGUGGCCCAGUCAAAGAUGAGUCCACCAUGGCCAAGUUGGGUACAAAAGAAGGUCACACGAUUCAGAUAACCUCAACUUGGUUCGGGGGCCAUAUUUCAACUAGGUGUGCUAAUUAGAUUCCGCAUGUUUGUAAAUCAUAAGUUGUAAAGUAGAUCAGGUGUAUCAAGUCAUAAAAUACAUAGGUGUAUUGCACUUAACAUGAUAGUCCUAUAAAGAUAAUUAAUUUAUGGUAAAAUUUGAUUUAUUUCAUUUAAGACAUCGUUUACCACCAUAACAUAGUCAUAUUAUCUAAAUUAGCUUAGUGCAUGUUGGGAUACGUUAGGUUAAGUUUGUGAAGUUUUCUAUGAUAUUAAUUUCUAAGUAUUUUAAUGAUCUAUAUGAUCGUGUAUGGCCGGUCAGAGUUUCCAAAAAAAUAAAAAUACAUAGAAGUUAUCGCUAUUAGGCAAUUAUCUAUAUUUAGGCGAACACACACAAACAUACUGUGACAUCACGCAUCACACCACACCACACGGUGCUCUCCAUGACACUGCGAUGCAAUGAUUGAAUUGUUACGACGUCAUGUACAGUCCUUCAUGUCAACACCUAUGGACGAGUUACUGCUCCACGUGGCCUACGUGAGCCUCACACAGUAGGGCAAAAGACCAGCUCCUGCCAUCAACUGUAAACUAUAAUUUGUAUAUUGAAUUCAUAUUUCUUCGCCUUUUGGUAAUGAAAGCGUUUGUUAAACGACCCAAAGUAUAUUAAUAAGUAUAUUUUCAGCCUUUUGACUGCUGAACUUUUUCAAUAAGCUGUUAAUUUUAGAAUUAUAUACUAUAUACAGGGUGAUUCAGCAAAGAGUACAUUAAAUUGGAGGAUGAAAUUCUUGGCUAAUUCUGAGCCACAAUGUCUCUACGGUAAAAUUUCAAAUACUGCAUAUACCCACGUGUUCGUGGCAGGUGAGAGCAAAUUAAACAUAGUCCAGUGAUGAUGGAUGAUGUUAUAUGUAGUGAUGAUGGAUGUUGUUAUAUGUAGUGAUG